AUGCAUCCGCUUCACCGCUCUCUCCUCCUCCUCUACGCGGCGGCGGCCGCCGGGUUCUUGCUGCUCUCGCCGGCCCACUGCGCCGCCUCGGCAUUGCCGGAUCCGGCGCCGCUCGACCCGGCGGGCCUGUUCAUGCCCUCGGCCACGCCGGCGCAGCCCGGCUCCGCCACGAUCCCGGCGUUCCCGGAGCAGUCGGACGCCGUCUCCGGGGCCUCCUCCACGUGCCCGCUCGACCCCUCCCCGCGGCUCCUCCCGGCCGUGCUCUCCUCCUGCGACGCAGACGGGGCGCUGCCCUCGAGGCUGCGGUGCUGCCCCGCGCUGGCCGCGUGGCUGUUCGCCGCCUACGCGCCCACCGCGCUCGCGGCGAGGCCGGCGCGACCGGCGUCGGCGGCGCCCGUGGACAUGCCGGUGCCUCCGGACGACUCGGAGGCGUGCGCGGGCGCCGCGGACCGCGCGCUGCGGUCCGAGGGGGCGGCGCUGCCGCGCCCGCCGGGCGCCAACGGGACGUGCGACGUGGCCUUCUGCUACUGCGGGGUGAGGCUGCGGCGGCUGACGUGCGGGGCCCAGCCGACGGGUGCCGGCCAGUGGGUCCCGGCGGAAUCGGCGGCGAGGAGGCUGAAGAGGGACUGCGCGCGGCCCGGCGUCCCCGGCUGCUCCAAGUGCCUCCGUGCUCUUUCCACGAUAAAGGCGGGAUCCGGCGGCGGCGAGACGGCGGUUGCGGCGUCGGGGAAGCUGCAGGCGGCCGCGUCGAGCGAGCGGGACUGCCAGCUCAUGGGCCUCAUGUGGCUGCUGCAGCGCAACGCCACGCGCUACGGCGCAGCGGCCACGGCCGUGAUCCGGGCGCAGAUGGCCGCGGACGAGGCGUCCGCCGUGGGCGUCGCGGCGGUGGCGGGGCCGGCCGCCUGCUCGCUCCCCGUGGACGACAUGCCGUUCGCGGCCGAGUACGGGAGGCUCAGCGGGGCCGGCGGACGGCCAACCGCCCUCCGCCGCUUCCACCUGGCUCUGCUCGCCAUGUUCAGCGUGAUCUGCUCGCUGUAG